AUGAGACCAAAAAGCUCAAUCUGUCCAAAACAUGUGGUCCUCAUAGUAUUCCCAUUAAUCUAUUGCAAUUAGUAAGAGAUUACCUAUGUUUUAAUCAAGCAUAUAUGUGCUACAACAGAAGAAGUGUUGGACAGGAUUUAACACAGUUCUUUGCAAAGAAAUUCCAGAUGUAUCUCGAGUUGGUUAUUUGCCUGUUAUCGAUGCAUCACCAACUGAGUAUUCAACCAUCAAUGCAAUUCUGGAAAGAAGCAAAGAAAUUACUGAUAAAUUAGAGCUCAAAUACGCUGUCCUAGUCUUUGAUGAAGCUGUGUAUGCCAAGAUUCAACAAGUUCGCUGGAAAGACAAGGUCCUUCGUAAUCGGUUCGUUGUUUGCCUUGGGGAGUUUCACACCCCCAUGACCUAUCUGUCUGCUAUGUCAAACAUCUUUGAAGAUGGAGGUCUCAAGGUAUACAGUCUCUUAACAUUCUGCCAUCUGUCCUUGUAAACGUUUUUAUUAUAAAAUGUUGUAAGAUCCUUUUCAUUUACAUAGGAUGUGUUCAUUGAAUCUGGUAUUGUGAAGGAUCGAUCAAGGGUGUUCUCUCCGGAAAACAUUACAACCGGUCUGUGUUAAGUCACAAACUCAUGUAUGAAGCCCUACAACGCCUACGACUGGAGGCAUUUUUGGAUUAUGUGGCAGAAAAUCACAAAAUGACUUCAUUCGUUGACAAAAUGGUGGGAUCGUUUCUAGAAGGCAAGUUCCUUAUGUGUGAAAUUGAGAGUCCAGAAAUGCAGCAAGUCAUAUGAACUAGUGUAGCCGAGUCAUCCAGAAAAUUGAGAACCUUUGCCUUUUGGAGCAUGUAUAUUAAAAUGGCAGGUAAUCAAAAUUUAUUAACAAAAUCUAUUCUCUCAUAAAACUUAUUAGUUAUUACAUUUGCUUAUUUGGAACUUUAAAUUUUUGACUUAAUAAACAGAUGUUCAUCCGAGCCACCAGAGAGGUAAACUGGGAUCUCCACUUGACAGCAUUGAGAGAGUCAACUAUGCCAGAAACAGGUCAGCAUAUAUACUGGAGAUGACUGCAUUGGAAAAUAUGCACCCAGGUAUGGAGAAACUCAAAUGGUAUCAAUGUUGAGUUUCAAACAAAAUUGCACAAAUGUUUAAUUUAACUUACAGGAUUAACUUAACUUGUCAUCAGUGAUCAGAUUAAUUUUUCCUUUGUAGGAAUUCGUCAAGAACUUUUAUCCAACUUUGCUGUCCAGCGUCAGGAUAAUCAUGAGUUUUCUGCAGUGGCAUGUGACCAAACAAUGGAAAACGAAAGGUGGUCUAAUUGGGUUUUCAAUUAACCAUUCCUCUGUUCACAGAUGGGUGUUGUCUCAAUCAGAGAGGGCUUCAAUUACAAGGAUAUGUAAGGACAUGGCUGGGAUGGAAUGUAAGCCAAGGUAAUGUAUUUAAAAAUGGUUUCUAUAGAAAUUAAAGAUUUGUAGUAGGUACACAAUGUCAUUUACAUUUAGUUAUUUUUCAUGCUAGUCUGAGUGCAGACUCCACACCGAGAACGCUGAAAAAACAGCUUGACCGCAACCUUUGGUAUGAUAUGCACCACAACAACCAGAGUACACAUUUACAUAUUUUACACGAAGUUUAGUGUUAGUGUUAUAGUAUUAUUGUUUUAAACUUUUCAGAACCCGCAAAGACCUUGAUGACACCAAAUGGAAACUCCAUGAGAAAUCAGUCAAUGACGUGGUUAACACAAUCUUGAGCAUGAUCAACCUGUUUGAAACAAGAUAA